AGGAGGGGGAAGGAGGGAGGGGAGAGCAGUGGCGGCGGCUGCGCCCGGCUGUGUGUCUCCAGCCGCCGGAGGAAGAUGAGGCUGAAGAUCGGGUUCAUCUUACGCAGUUUGCUGCUGGUGGGAAGCUUCCUGGGGCUGGUGGUCCUCUGGUCCUCCCUGUCCCCGCGGCUGGACGACCCGAGCCCGCUGAGCAGGAUGAGGGAAGACAGAGAUGUCAAUAACCCCAUGCCUAACCGAGGAGGCAAUGGACUAGUUCCUGGGGAUGACAGAUUCAAACCUGUGGUACCCUGGCCUCAUGUUGAAGGAGUAGAAGUGGACUUAGAAUCUAUUAGAAGAAAACACAAGGCCAAAAAUGAACAAGAGCACCAUGCUGGAGGAGAGAACCAGAGGGACAUAAUGCAGAGGCAGUAUCUCACUUUUAAGCCUCAGACAUUCACCUACCGGGAUCCUGUGCUACGCCCCGGGAUCCUCGGUAACUUUGAACCCAAAGAACCUGAGCCUCAUGGAGUGGUUGGUGGCCCUGGAGAGAAUGCCAAGCCAUUGGUUUUGGGACCAGAACUCAAACAUGCAGUUCAAGCCAGCAUUAAAGAGUUUGGAUUUAACAUGGUGGCAAGUGACAUGAUCUCCCUGGACCGCAGCGUCAAUGACCUACGGCAAGAAGAGUGCAAGUAUUGGCAUUACGAUGAAAACCUGCUCGUUUCCAGCGUUAUCAUUGUUUUCCAUAAUGAAGGAUGGUCAACCCUCAUGAGAACAGUCCACAGUGUCAUAAAAAGGACUCCAAGGAAAUAUUUAGCAGAAAUUGUAUUAAUUGAUGAUUUCAGCAAUAAAGAACACUUAAAAAAAAAACUAGAUGACUAUAUUAAGCUGUGGAAUGGCCUAGUAAAGGUAUUUCGAAAUGAGAGAAGAGAAGGUUUAAUUCAAGCACGAAGUAUUGGUGCCCAGAAGGCUAAACUUGGGCAGGUUUUGAUAUACCUUGAUGCCCACUGUGAGGUGGCAGUUAACUGGUAUGCACCACUUGUAGCCCCCAUUUCUAAGGACAGAACCAUUUGCACUGUGCCGAUUAUAGAUGUCAUAAAUGGCAACACAUACGAAAUUGUACCCCAAGGGGGUGGUGACGAAGAUGGGUAUGCCCGAGGAGCAUGGGAUUGGAGUAUGCUCUGGAAACGGGUGCCUCUGACCCCUCAAGAGAAGAGAAUCAGAAAGACAAAAACUGAACCAUAUCGGUCCCCAGCCAUGGCUGGUGGAUUAUUUGCCAUUGAACGAGAGUUCUUCUUUGAACUGGGUCUGUAUGAUCCAGGUCUCCAGAUUUGGGGCGGUGAAAACUUUGAAAUCUCAUACAAGAUAUGGCAGUGUGGCGGCAAAUUACUGUUUGUCCCUUGUUCUCGUGUGGGACAUAUCUACCGUCUCGAGGGCUGGCAAGGGAAUCCUCCGCCCAUUAAUGUUGGGUCUUCUCCAACGAUGAAGAAUUAUGUUAGAGUUGUUGAGGUCUGGUGGGAUGAAUAUAAAGACUACUUCUAUGCCAGUCGUCCUGAAUCAAAGGCAUUAGCAUAUGGAGAUAUCUCUGAGCUGAAAAAAUUUCGAGAAGAUCACAACUGCAAAAGUUUUAAAUGGUUCAUGGAAGAGAUCGCUUAUGAUAUCACCUCACACUACCCUUUGCCACCCAAAAAUAUUGACUGGGGAGAAAUCAGAGGCUUUGAAUCUGCUUACUGCAUUGAUAGCAUGGGAAGGACAAACGGAGGCUUUGUUGAACUAGGACCCUGCCACAGGAUGGGAGGGAACCAGCUUUUCCGAAUCAACGAAGCUAAUCAACUCAUGCAGUAUGACCAGUGUUUGACAAAGGGGCCUGAUGGAUCAAAAAUCAUGAUUACACACUGUAACCUAAAUGAAUAUAAGGAAUGGCAGUACUUCAAGAACCUGCACAGGUUUACUCACAUUCCUUCCGGAAAGUGCUUAGACCGCUCAGAUGUCCUCCAUCAAGUGUUUCUCUCCAAUUGUGACUCCAGUAAAAUGACUCAGAAGUGGGAAAUGAAUAACAUCCACAGUGUUUAGAAAGAAUAAAAGAAACCAAUAACCUACCUACUGACACGUAAAUUUUCACAGGACUGAAAACCGCCUGAAACCUGCUGCAACUAUUAUUAACUCUGUACAGCUCCAAACCCAGCACCUCCUGAUAGGUUUGAAGGACAUUGAUAAACUGUGAUUUUACAAUAACAUUGUCAUCUGCAGUUACUGUUUACAAAACUGCUUUUACCUUAAACUUUAUAGAUGUUUACAUCUUUUUGUGUUGUUUUGUUUUAAGAUGAUGUUGGUAAUUUGUGCAUUUAUAUCUGUUCAGAACAGAGCUAAAAGCAUCGUUGUCUUCUUUGGGAUUACACUCAGGGGUCUGACAGGCAGAUUGAUUUUUUUUUUUUAACACACUUGAAAAAAGGUUGGAGUAACCAGACUUUCAUAUAUAACUUGGUGAUUAUCAACCUGUUGUGUCUUUAUUUAAUUUUACAUCUUUUUGAAGCACUGCCACAGGUUAUUAGCCAAGGUGGCCUUCCUUCACCGUCAUGCUGCUUUUUUGAAAGGUGAAUUUCAACACAUUUAGUGCCUCUUUCAUUUUCUCAGUAUAUAUUUCAAGAGCUUUCAAUGAAAUGUAUAGGAUGGUAAUGAUGGAAUUGUCACCAGUAAAUACUUUUACUACUCAGAAAUGAAUUUAUGUGCUACCAUUUGCUCUGAGAUCAAAUGUUGUAUGGCUUGAAAAAAAUUAACAUGAAACCCCAAGGCUCUCCCAUAGGAAUUGAAGAUUGUACGGCAUUAAGUUCCUUACUUGCUGGCAUUCCCACUGCCCUCUGUUAAUACCAACUCCUAAAAGAGCAGAAGGGUCUGCCAACUAGAAAAAAAUUGACCAUUGACCUCUGGAAUUUACUUUGCCCCAAUACCUGUCAUUAUAGAAAACUAUAAUUCUCAGUUUCAAAUCUUAAAAUGGGGGAGAGGGGAGGUAACAAAAACAACAAAACA